AUGGCGGCGCAGGAGGAGGCGAAGGCGGCGGCGACACGGCGUCGGAGGAGGGGCCACCCACUGCUGCGGGGGUGCAGGCGCGAGAGGUACACGCACGGGCUGCACCCGGCGCAGAUGGAGGCGCUCCGCACCAUGUGCGGCGCGCUCAUUCCGUCCCUGCCGGUGACGGCGGAACGGAUCCACGGCGACAGCGACGGCGAAGGCCGCAAGGAUCUCGAGCGGUUCUACCUCGCCUCUGCGGCCGACGGUACCAUCCCCGAAGAGGUCGCGGAGCUGGUCACUCGAUGCGUUUGGGAGGCGGUGGUGCUGGUGAACGUCGUGCUCUGGAUCCUGAGCACCAAGGUGGGCACGUUGGCUCUCUGUGGGCGACUCUGCAUCUCCGGCAAGUUCCCCUACGUCCGCAAGUUCGCGGACAUGCCAGUGGAGCGGCGAGAGCAAGCGAUGACGCGGUGGAACAAGGCGCGGUGGUGGUUCCCCCUCAAAAUCACCUUCGUUGUCAUCAAGAUCCUCUCGCACUACGCGUUCUACACGACGGUAAACGACGACAGGGACAACCCGUCCUGGAAAGCAAUAGGAUACAGCGUGCCGGAGCCGGACGUGGACAGGCCACGGGAAGAAGGUCGAACGGAAGUAGCGCCGUCGCCGCGGCCACUGGACAGCGGCAUCGUGGAGACCAGAUCCCUGAAUGACGCCACGCUGCUCAGGUCACUCACGGAGCGAGGACUGGCGGUGAAAGCAGACGUGUCGGCCGCGCACCACACUGUGCGAUGCGACGUCGUCAUCGUCGGUUCAGGCUGCGGAGGCGGCGUGGCCGCCGCCGUGCUGGCGGCUGCGGGGCACAAGGUCAUCGUCGUGGAGAAGGGGGACUACUUCACAGCCGAGAGCUACACCUCCGUGGAGGGCCCGUCCAUGGAGCGCCUCUACGAGAAGGGAGGCAUCUUCUGCACGUCCAACGUGACGACCAUCAUGUUCACGGGCACCACGGUCGGCGGCGGGUCCGCGAUCAACUGGUCGGCCAGUAUCCGCACGCCGGAGUGGGUCACGCAGGAGUGGGCGCGCGAGCAUGGGCUCCCGAUGUUCGGGAGGCCCGAGUACGUGCAUGCCAUGGACGCGGUCUGCGCCCGGCUCGCGGUGACCGGCGGGUGCCGGGAGGAGGGGUUCCAGAACAAGGUCUUGCGCCGUGGCUGCGAGGCGCUCGGGCUACGCGGCGACGCCGUGCCGCGCAACUCGUCGGAGGGCCACUUCUGCGGCAGCUGCCACCUCGGCUGCCCCACCGGCGAGAAGCGUGGCACCGACACGACGUGGCUCGUCGACGCGGUCGCGCGCGGCGCGGUCAUACUAACAGGCUGCAAGGCCGAGCGUUUCAUACUCGAGAGCAACCCCGGUGGCGUCGAGAACGGCCGGAGCAAGAAGUGCGUGGGCCUGGUGGCGGCGUGCAUGAGCGACGGCAUCACCAAGAAGCUGCGCAUCGAGGCCAAGGUUUCCGUCUCGGCGUGUGGCGCGCUCAUGACGCCACCUCUGCUCCGUAACAGCGGGCUCAAGAACAGGCACAUCGGCCGCAACCUUCACCUGCACCCGGUGUCUAUGGCGUGGGGCUACUUCCCGGACGGCACGCCGGAGGCGGCAGAGCUCAGUGGCAAGUGCUACGAGGGCGGCAUCAUCACGACCAUGCACCGCGUGACCGGCCGCACCAUCAUCCAGACGCCGGCGCUGGGGCCAGGGUGCUGGGCUUCGCUGAUCCCCUGGGAGUCGGGCCGCGACAUGAAGGAGCGCAUGCUCCGGUACGCGCGCACCGCGCACGCCUUCGCCCUGGUCCGCGACCGCGGCGCGGGGCACGUGGACGGCGAGGGCCGCGUGCGCUACGCCCCGAGCCGGGAAGACGUGGAGGAGCUCCGCAACGGGCUGCGCCAGGCGCUGCGCAUCCUGGUGGCCGCCGGAGCGGCCGAGGUGGGCACCCACCGCAGCGACGGGCUCCGGCUGCGGUGCGACGGCGGCCUCCGCGACGAGGACCUGGAGGCGUUCCUCAAGGAGGUGACCGUAGGGAAAGGCCCCAUGCUCCCGGGGCCUGACACGUGGGCGCUCCACUGCUCGGCGCACCAGAUGGGCAGCUGCCGGAUGGGGUCCAGCCCGCAAGACGGCGCCGUGGACGGCCGCGGCGAGAGCUGGGAGGCGGAGGGGCUGUACGUGUGCGACGGCAGCCUGCUGCCCACGGCGGUGGGCGUCAACCCCAUGAUCACCAUUCAGUCCACCGCGUACUGCGUCUCCAAGGGCAUCGCGGAGUCUCUGGCGCGUGACAAGAAACAAUAG